AUGAGAGCCACUGCAGCCGUCCUACUGGUCCACUGUCUCCUGGCCAUCAGUCAUGGUAAGUUAACCAUCAUCUGAAGCAUGCUUGCUCAACUUGGAAUUGAUGAAGUUUGCUCCAUAAUGUCAUCCUCCUUUUUCUUGCCGUCCUCUACUCAUAUGUCUUCGUCUCUAUAGCAUGGGACUGUCAGGAGGUACUAAACAUCAAUAAUCUGAUGCAGAUCGACGCAGGACUGGGACAAGUGGUUGCAACGGACACAAGUCAAAUCCCCUACUACCUGGUAGCUGAUAAAUGGAUCCGCCUGCCUGGUUCCCUGAAGCAUAUCACUAUAGGACCAGCAGGGAUCUGGGGUGUCAACAAGGGAGACUCAAUCUACAAGUAUGUGGCCGGUAACUGGGUGCAAGCUGCAGGUAAGUAGAGAGCAUUGCUCAAUAUUUAUCCAGAGGACACCUACUUUCAGUGGUGGAAAAAGUACUCAAUUGUCAUACUUGAGUAAAAGUAAAGAUACCUUAAUAGAAAAUGACUCAAGUAAAAGUGAAGGUUACCCAAUAUAAUACUACUUGAGCAAAAGUCUAAAAGUAUUUGGUUUUAAAUAUACGUAAGUAUCAAAAGUAAAUGGAAUUGCUAAAAUGUACUUAAGUAUCAAAAGUAAAAGUAAAAGUAUAAACCAUUUCAAAGUCCUUAUAUUAAGCAAACCAGACGGCACAAUUUUCAUGUUUUUUAUUUGUAUUGACGGAUAGCCAGGGGCACACUCCAACACUCAGACAAUUUUUCAAAGGAAGCAUUUUUGUUUAGUGAGUCCGCCAGAUCAGAGGCAGUAGGGAUGACCAGGGAUGUUCUCUUGAUAAGCGUGUGAAUUGGACAAUUUUCCUGACAAAAUGUAACAAGUACUUUUGGGUUUCAGGGAAAAUGUAUGGAAUAAAAAGUACAUUAUUUUCUUUAGUGAAGUAAUAGUAAAAGUUUGCCAAAAUAUAAAUAGUAAAGUAUAGUACAGAUACCCCAAAAAACUACUGAAGUACUUUACACCACUGCCUGAUUCAUUGUUUUCUUGUCUGUCUUUGUGGUUUUCAGGCCUUCUGAAGCAGGUGGAUGCUGGGGGUAACCAGUUUAUUGUGGGGGCCAACAUGGACGAUACUCCGUACUGUCUGACAAGUAGUGCCACAGUUGGCUACAAGGGUCCAGGUUCACCCCUUCCAUGGACAGGAUUGCCAGGAGCUGUGAAGUACUACAGUUGUGGACCCUUUGGGUGCUGGGCAGUCAACAACAAUGAUGAUAUCUUCUUAAUGAGUGUAAGAUCUGGGAAAAAGUGUGAGAACUAGAGUAGAGUAGUAGAGUAUGGGGAGUUAUUCUAAAACUGUUUAAUAUUAUAACUGUAGAAAUGGUCCUAAAACCCUGAUUGUAUCUGUUUGUUUCCAGCUGAAUCAAGACUGCCAAAACAAGGGGUGGAGUCACAUUGACGGCAAGCUUUCCAUGAUUGAGGUGGCAACUGAUGGUAGUGUCUUUGGGGUCAACUCUUUGGGUGAUGUUUAUACCAGGUAAGGUUGAUACUUAACUAUAUGUAUAGUGUCCCUCUUUUCCCCCUCAACAUUAUUAACUUAAAAAUGACUUGUAAUAAUAAUCAAAUCUAAACUUUUAUAAUAGACUUAUGAAGGAAUGUGAAGACAGUGUACUGUAAAAUAUGUAGAAGUUCGAUCUCCUUUAAAGCUACAGUUUGGGAUUUUAAAUGGCCAUCCUGCCACUUGUUUUAGUAAACAGAUGAGGGAUGGGACAGGAGAAAUGUAGCCACUCUCUAAUUCAUAGAUGGAUCAAUAGAUGUAAGGACAGACAGAUGAGAACAAAAUGAUUUUUCAUUUAAACAUGUUUUGUAAAGCUAUACAUUGUUUGUUUACAAUAGCAUUGUUUACAACCAAUUGAGUAAAAUCUUACAUAUUUUCUUCUGAUGCAGUUGUAUUAAGCUCAUGAGUCAUUUAUAAGUUAUAUUCUUAAACAAUCAAUGGCUAUAUACAAUUAAUAAAGUUUUUUUUAUUUUUAAUGGAUGAGCUUUAAACAUGUGAACCCCACCUCUUUCUUCAACACAGAGACGGCAUCACAGCCAGUAAAUAGGUUAAUAAGGUGACACCUAAGAAGGGAUACUGGUCUGUAGUUGUUGACAUCAGAGGGAUCGAGUGUUGGUUUUUUGAGAAGGGGUGCAACUCUCGCUCUCUUGAAGACGGAAGGAACAUAGCCAGCGGUCAAGGAUGAGUUGAUCAGCGAGGUGAGGUAAGGGAGAAGGUCACCGGAGAUGGUCUGGAGAAGAGAGGAGGGGAUAGGGUCAAGCGGGCAGGUUGUUGGGCGGCCGGCCGUCACAAGUCGCAAGAUUUUAUCUGGAGAGAGAGGGGAGAAAGAAGUCAAAGCAUAGGGUAGGGCAGUGUGAGCAGGACCAGCAGUGUCAUUUGACUUAACAAACGAGGAUCGGAUGUCGUCAACCUUCUUUUCAAAAUGGUUGACGAAGUCAUCCACAGAGAGGGAGGAGGGGGGGAGGGGGAGGAGGAUUCAGCAGGGAGGAGAAGGUGGCAAAGAGCUUCCUAGGGUUAGAGGCAGAUGCUUGGAAUUUAGAGUGGUAGAAAGUGGCCUUAGCAGCAGAAACAGAUGAAGAAAAUGUAGAGAGGAGGGAGUGAAAAGAUGCCAGGUCUGCAGGGAAUCUAGUUUUCCUCCAUUUCCUCUCGGCUGCCCGGAGCCCUGUUCUGUGAGCUCGCAAUGAGUCAUCAAGCCACAGAGCUGGAGGGGAGGACCGAGCCGGCCGGGAGGAUAGGGGACAUAGAGAGUCAAAGGAUGCAGAAAGGGAGGAGAGGAGGGUUGAGGAGGCAGAAUCAGGAGAUUGGAGGGAGAAGGAUUGAGCAGAGGGAAGAGAUGAUAGGAUGGAAGAGGAGAGAGUAGCGGGAGAGAGAGAGCAAGGUUGCGACGGCGCAUUACCAUCUGAGUAGGGGCAGAGUGAGUAGUGUUGGAGGAGAGCGAGAGAGAAAAGGAUACAAAGUAGUGGUCGGAGACAUGGAGGGGAGUUGCAGUGAGAUUAGUAGAAGAACAGCAAGCCAUUAUCAGUCUUAUGUAGUAAUGGGCACACACCAUCUAGGACCCUCAAACUCACCUCUGGACCUCGUAGGGUCAGAGUUUAAUACCCCUGAUCUAGGAUUUAUAACUGUAAUAUAUCCAUUUGGCAUGACAGGUUGACGUUUAUUGGGAUGAAUCUUGUCCCGGAGGCAGAGUGGUUUCCGCUGGAUGGGCCAGCUGCAAAGUCAAAAUUGGCUACUAUUGUAAAAAUUCAUAAAAAAAUAAAUAUGCUUUUUGGUCUUAAGGUUAGGGUUAGGCAUAAGGUUAGUGUGGUUAAGGUUAGGAUUAGGUUUAGAUGUUAUGACUUUGUGGCUGUGCCAGCUAGUGACCACCCUGCAGAGCUGCCUCCAGUACAAGAGCCAUCCCAAUAAAUGCCAACCUGUGUUGAUGAGACAGUGAUUCCACUAAAUCAGGGGUGUCAAACUCAUUCCAUGGAUGGGCCAGUGUCUGCUGGAUUUUGGAUUUUCCUUUCAAUUAAGCCCUAGACAACCAGGUGAGGGGAGUUCCUUACUAAUUAGUGACCUUAAUUCAUCAAUCAAGUACAAGGGAGGAGUGAAAACCAGCAGACACUCUGCCCUCCCUGGGAUGAGUUUGACAUGUGCACUAAAUGAUCAUGCCAAGCUGCAUGCUGAAAUCGUAGUGAAAACCAACAGAAGAGACAGGAAGGUUUGAUAAUGCAGGAAAGUGAAGUUCUCUGUCGAGUCCCAAACAACUGGAUGUUCUGGUUUUCAGGGGAAAUAGAAAGAGCCUGUGAUGAGACUGUUGUUUUUGGAGGUUAAUAAGGUGACACCUAACAUAGCAGGUGUAAAUGAAAUGCCUGAAACUACUAUCGAUACCCUACAUCAAGGGUGUCAAACUCAUUCCACAGUGGGCAGUGUGUCUGCGGAUGUUUGCUCCUCCCUUGUACUUGAUUAAUGAAUUAAGGUCACUAAUAAGAAACCCCCCUCACCUGGUUAUGUAGGUCUUAACUGAAAGUUAAAACCAAAAAACCCACAGACACUCGGCCGUCCAUGGAAUGAGUUUGACACCCUUAAUGUAGGGGAUCUAUACUGCCCUACCAAGCAAUACGCAGAAACCGCUCAUAGAGUGAAACUGAGAAGAAUUACUUCAAAGUUGUUUUAUUGUUCAGCCAAGUGAAUUGUAGGCAGAUCAUCACAAUUGGCCCAGCGUUGUCCAGGUUUGGCCGGUGUAGGCCGUCAUUGUAAAUAAGAAUUUGUUCUUAACUGACUUGCCUUGUUUAAUAAAGGUAAAUAAAAAAAAUUGGAGAUGUGGUUAUGUUGUCUUACUAUGAGGUAAUUUUUUAUUCAUAUUGACCCUGACCUCUGACAUGACCUUUGAUCCUACACGGCAGUUACUGCCUUCUUGCUUGGUACACCCACUGGAAUACGUUUCCAUGACGACUUUAAAAAAAUACAAACUUGUGUUAGUAUAUUUCUUUGUGAAUGUCAGUGUCAUAUAGUUUGAUAUUUGUAUCAGCAAAGAACAAUAAAUAAUACCAAGGUUUACCGUAGUCACUGCAGCCCAAAGCUCUGUGAAACCAAGGUAAACGGCAGUAACUGACGUGAGUGAUGCCAAUUACUGCCUUUUUCCUUGGUUUCACUUGAACUUUUUUGGAGUUACUGCAAACAUGACCCCCCAUUUUCUCCAUAACACAAGAGGCAUGAUAUUUGUCCACAUGAUAAAGCAUGUAUUUAAUGUAUAAAAAAUGCAGUGGUGUAAAGUACUUAAGUAAAAAUACUUUUAAGUACUACUUAAGUAGUUUUGAGGUAACUGUACUUUACUUCACUAUUUAUAUUUGACAACUUUUUACUUUUACUCCACUACAUUCCUGAAGAAAAUAAUGUACUUUUUACUCCAUAGAUUUUACCUGACACCUAAAAGUACUCGUUACAUUUAGAAUGCUCAAGCAGGACAGAAUUAUGGCACCCAUCAAUAUAACGCUUUGUCAUCCCUACGGCCUCUGACCUCUUAAAACCAGAUACUUUUACUCAAGUAGUAUUGUACUGGGUAACUUUUACAUGAGUCCAUUUCUGUUAAGGUAUCUUUACUUUUACUCAAGUAUGACAAUUGAGUACUUUUUCCACUGCUGAAAAAAAUCAUUUUUUACCAAAUGUAACUGUUAAAAUUGUCCUAAAAGCCUAAUUGAAUGUAUGUUUGUUUUCAGUAUAAUAGCUUCAGGCUGCUACUGUCACGUUCGUUGAGUAAAUGGUCGGACCAAGGUGCAGCAUGGUACACAUACAUGUUUAAUUUAUUAAAUAAACACUUGACAAAAUAACAAACGCAACUGACCGUGAAGUUCUAAACGCUACCAGCAACAAACAGAAACAAGAUCCCACAACAUAGGUAGGCAAAAUGGCUGCCUAAGUAUGAUCCCCAAUCAGAGACAACGAUCGACAGCUGCCUCUGAUUGGGUACCACACCCGGCCAACAUAGAAAUACAUAAACUAGAAUCUAUCCCAAUCACACCCUGACCUAACCAAACAGAGAAUACAGGUGAUCUCUAAGGUCAGGGCGUGACAGCUACGUUAGGUUACCGUGUAUGAGAGAUAGCAUGGUGUUGUCUGUAACAUUCAUUCUCAUUCCUUGAUUCACACCAUGUCAUCAAUAGAGCCUCCAAGAGGAUAUUAUCAUGGUGUGAAGACUUGGGCACUGUCAUGUUGCUCACAAUGCACAUUGGUUUAGCUAUUUUUCAGUGAAUGCAAUCCUUGUCAUAGCUCAUCAUCUCUCAUAUUACAUCAGGAUUUUCCAUAUAUUAAGCAUUGAGUUUGAAACACAUUUUGUGUUAUUCAACUAUGGAGAUUAUUUUCUCCAAGGCAACGCUGCAAAACUCCAGUAAUUUCCGGUUUUGCAAUUUGAAACCCUCUGGUUACUGUUCCGCCUCUCUAACGUCAAGGCUACCUCCACCCCUAAUAUUCCCCAGGUAUUUGUUUUGUUGAUUACAAAAAGACUUACGGUAUAUGUACUAUGCACUUCCUCAUGAAAUAGUUAGACUUUUACUGGCAGGUGAUUCAAUGUGUCAUUUCAAUGUUGUGACAUUUGUUUGAACUUUAUGGUGAAACUGUUCCUUACAGUUGGUGUGACUAUUCAAGAUGUUUUAUACCCUUAUAAGGAGGGAGGGACAAAAUACUGAGAAACAAGGAUGGAAAGGGAGAAAAAUAUACUUUUGUAUAUAUAAUGAAUGUGGAAUUCCCUUUAAAUUACUGGAUUUGGCUAUUUCAGUGUAUAAAAUCGAGCACACAGCCAUGCAAUCCACAUAGACAAACAUUGGCAGUAGAAUGGCAUUACUGAACAAGCAACCGCACACAAGCCUAAGAUCAUCAUGCGCAAUGCCAAGCGUCACCUGGAGUGGUGUUAAGCUCGCCGCCAUUGGACUCUAGAGCAUUGGAAACACAUUCUCUGGAUUGAUGAAUCACGCUUUACCAUCUGGCAGUCUGACUGACGAAUCUGGGUUUGGCGGAUGCCAGGAGAACAUUACCUGCCCGAAUGCAUAGUGCCAACUGUAAAGUUUGGUGGAGGAGGAAUAAUGGUCUGGGGCUGUUUCUCCUGGUUUGGGCUAGGCCCCUUAGUUCCAGUGAAGAGAAAUCUUAACGCUACGGCAUACAAUGACAUUCUAGACGAUUCUGUGCUUCCAACUUUGUGGAAACAGUUUGGGGAAGGCCUCAUCCUGUUUCAGCAUGACAAUGCCCCAGUGCACAAAGCGAUUUCCAUACAGAAAUGGUUUGUCGAGAUCGGUGUGGAAGAACUUGACUGGCCUGCACAGAGCCCUGACCUCAACCCCAUUGAACACCUUUGAGAUUAAUUGGAAUGCCGACUGCAAGCCAGGCCUAUUCGCCCAAUAUCAGUGCCCGACCUCACUAAUGCUCUUGUGGCUGAGUGUAAGCAAGUCCCUGCAGCAAUGUUCCAACAUCUAGUGGAAAGCGUUCCCAGAAGAGUGGAGGCUGUUAUAGCAGCAAAGGUGGGACCAACUCUAUAUUAAUGCCCAUGAUUUUGGAAUGAUAUGUUCGACGAUCAUGUGUCCACAUACUUUUGGUCAUGUAGUGUAAGUGUUUAAAGAAUAUAACAAAUUAAACAAAAAAUUACUAUGUUAUAAAUAUGAAAAUAAAGUUGUCCUCCAAGAAGGGGGUUGGUAGCGGUAUACAUUUACAUUUACGUCAUUUAGCAGAUGCUCUUAUCCAGAGCGACUUACAGUUAGUGAGUGCAUACAUUAUUAUUAUUAUUAUUUUAUUUUUUUCAUACUGGACCCCCGUGGGAAUCGAACCCACAACCCUGGCGUUGCAAACACCAUGCUCUACCAACUGAGCUACAUCCCUGUAAAAUGUGUUACACUUAGUCUGGUACAGUGUAAACAUUAUAUGGGUCCUCCUAUAACACUUUGGUGCUUAGGAACCUUAUCAAACAGCUCUACAAAUAUGCCACCUGCCAAGUACAGUAGGUGAGAGAGAUAAGGUUUUUGAGAGAAAUACGCUUUUUGAGAGAAAUAAGCGUUUUGUGCGUAUGGAACAUUUCUGGGAUAUUUUAUUUCAGCUCAAAGAACACGGGACCAACACUUUACACGUUGCAUUUAUAUUUUUGCUCAGUAUAUAUUAUUAUUGUGUGUCUGUGUGUGGGAGAGGGUGGGGUUAUGUCCCCCUCCCGUUAACUUUUCCUUGGAACAAGUUGUUUGUCAAAUAUAAAUAGCUCAUUAAUAAUUAUUUUAUGGGGGUUGAUAGCUUUUUGCAGGGCUAUAUAAGGGGGAAAAGUCUGUGUUCAACCAAACUGCAAACAAACUUAUACUGUAGAUCUACAGAGACAUCAUGAGAGCCACUGCAGCCGUCCUACUGGUCCUCUGUCUCCUGGCCAUCAGUCAUGGUAAGUUACCAUCAUCUGAAAAACUAUUUUAAAGUCAACUCUACACUAAACUUGAAAUUCAUCAUCCUUUUUGCUGGUGUCCUCUACUCAUGUGUCUUUGAUCUGGUGUCUCCAUAGCAUGGGACUGUCAGACUGUAGUGGAUAUAUAUAAUCUGAUGCAGAUCGACGCAGGACUGGGACAAGUGGUUGCAACGAACACAAAUCAAAUCCCCUACUACCUGGUAGGUGAUAAAUGGAUCCGCCUGCCUGGUUCCCUGAAGCAUAUCACUGUAGGACCAGCAGGGAUCUGGGGUGUCAACAGCGGAAACAUAAUCUACAAGUAUGUGGCCGGUAACUGGGAGCAAUAUGCAAGUAAGUGGAGAGCAUUACUCAAUUAUGAAUCCAGAGGACACCUGCUUCUUAGCUUUCCUGAUACCAUCAGUGUAAAUUAUUCAUGUUCAACAUUAUGUCAUUGUACUGUAAGUCAUUUGGCAGUACUCACAUAUGCAUAAUCCUUGUUUGCUUGUCUGUCUCUGUCUUUGUGGUCUUCAGUCAAUGUGAAGCAGGUGGAUGCUGGGGGUGAUGAGUUUAUUGUUGGGGCCAACAUGGACAAUACUCCAUUCUGUGUGAAAAGUAGUGCCAUAGUUGGCAUCAUGGGACAAGACCCACACUAUCAUGGGACAAGAUUGCCAGGAAGUGUGAAGUACCUCAGUUGUGGACCCUUUGGGUGCUGGGCAGUCAACAACAAUGAUGAAAUCUUCUUAAUGAGUGUAAGAUCUGGGACAGAGUGUGAGAGCUGGAGUAGAGUGGUAGAGUAUAGAGAGUGUCAGUUAUUUUAAAACUGUUUCAUAUAAUAACUGUUGAAAUUGUCCUAAAACCCUCUGUUUGUUUUCAGAAUGUGAACAAAGACACUUGUCAAAACAAGGGGUGGAGUCACAUUGACGGCAAGCUUUCCAUGAUUGAGGUGGCAACUGAUGGUAGUGUCUUUGGGGUCAACUCUGAUGGCCAAGUUUAUACCAGGUAAAGUUGAUACUUACAUUUGUGUAUGGUUCCACCUUUCCCCCCCUCAACAUUAGUAACUUUAAAAUGACUUGUAAUAAGAACUUAUAAUAAUAAUGAUAUAACUUUAUGAAUAACUCUGACCCUUACUGUACAUGCUUUGUGAAGCGAUUUAUACCCAAAUUAAAACAGACGCAUAAAUCAAAUCUGUAAAAUAUAAUCAGAUCUAAACUUAUAAGACUUAUAAAGAAAUGUGUGAACAGUUUAUGGUACAUUUUGAAAAGGUUGGAUAUCCUUUAAAGCUACCUGUUUGGGAUUCAAAAAAACAACUACAUGGUCACCCCACCGCUUGUUUUGGUAAACAACUGAGAUGUGUAGCUAGAGAAAUGUAACCACUCUUAAAUUCAUAGAUGGUUCUAUGGAUGCAAGGACAGAUCAUCCAUGAGAAAAAAAAAACAUACAUUGUUCAUUGAAAUAACAUUGUUUACAAACAAUUGAGUAAAGCUUAUAUUUUGGCUUCUGAUGUGAUUGUAUUAAGCUCAAGAGUCCUACAUUAUAUUGUUCAAUAAUCAAUAGCUAUAUACAAUUAAUAAAGUCUGAAGAUGUAUGUACUUUUUAAAAAAAUGAUACGAUUUAAAUGCGAACCUCACCUCUUUAUUCAACAUAGAGACGGCAUCACAGCCAGUAAACCAGAGGGCACUGGAUGGAGCAUUGUCCCAAUGUACAUGCCAAUGACGCACGUGACCUAUGACCUGGGCCGUCUUUGGGUCGUCUCCAAGUCUGGCUUCACCAUGGUGUGCAAACGUUAG